UGGAAACAGAAACUCAGAGCUGUACAAUAACACAUGCCCCUGUGCUGCCCUCCCCUCCCUCUAUAGGUUGUCCUCAGCCCCACAAACAGCUUAUCAGCCGCCUUGAAGCAGUCUAACUUUGGCACAGUCCAUGGACACACGAUGGGGCUGUGGAUGCUGCUGCUUCUGCAUUUACACCUUGGUAAUGCUCACUGGGGUGAAGCGACGGGCGUUUCCCUUUCUGCACCCUCCAGCGUUUCCAUCUCUUCCAUCAACUUGGAGCACGCACUCAGCUUCCAGCCGGGCCCUCAGACCCCCUCCGACGCCCGCUUCAUGGUAGAAGUCAUCCGCUCCAGAAAGCAGUCGUGGAAGCCGGUGCCGGCUUGCGUGGCACUCAGGGCGGGACAGACAUGUGACCUGACCAGAGCCUUCAAGGACCCGUUCGACCACUACGUAGCUCGUGUCCAGGCCUUCACGGCCACCCAGAGGUCCAGCUGGACGGUAUCGGACAGCUUCCAGCCGCUGUCAGACACUGUGAUUGGACCUCCUGACGUGGCGGUGUCCGGAUGUGGGAACUGUUUAAUCCUGCACCUCACACUUCCUGAAGUCUUGGCGAGCGAGCACCUGAAGGACAGCCACACGGACUUAAUCUUCCACGUACGACGAACCCGCGAUGGAGCGGAGUUCACGCUGCAUAUGCCCUACUCUGCGGAGACUGUGAUCAGCUACCUGCAGACAGGUGUGGAGUACUGUGUGACCGCCUCUGUCAGGCCUCACUUCUCCAAAGCCAUCCCGAGUGAACCUCAGUGUGCCUUCACCAGCCCUCCACCCAGAAACUCACUGUACAUGCUGGUGGUGCUGCUGGGGGCCUUCUGCGCGCUGGCGUUCCUCCUCGUGGCGUUGGUCAUCUACGGCAGCCGGCUGACCUUCAGUGUGCUGAAAACGAGACUCCCCAAAUCUCUGUCAUACGUCAUCCUGUACCGGCGAGGAAGCGCUCCGCCCGGACUCUCGCCUCAGAGCUCACAUGACGACUGCUCGUCUGACCGCCUGAAGAGGAGCCACUCGGAGAAGUCUGUUUAGGAUGAGCCGGCGGAGCGGGUGUGGGGGUUCAGGUGUAAUGAUGUGUAACAAGUAUUUUAUGGAUGAUGUAGGUUUGCGUCUGUUACACCAACGCAGUGGAUUCUGGAUCAAACAAACUUUGAUUCAGUGGGCUGAACAAGCUAAGAUCAUUUUAACUCUGCCGGCUAGUCUUAAUAUUUGUAUAAAAGUCCUGCUCUGUUAGCUCUGAGCCUGAAAAUGGGGCGCGUGUAUAAAAAUGUCAAACUCCUGAACAGCUGAUGCAAUCCUUCAGUCUCACCUGGACUGUUUGAGUUCAGAUCAAAACUACAGAACAUCAUCGCUGAGCUGACACAGUUUCCCACAGGCACACGUCCCACAACAGGUCGUUCCCGUCUUUGUCCGACCUGUGACGAUGCAAUCCUGACAACAGCGUCUCCUGUAAAUCUGAAUAAACUCUGUGUCUAUAUUUUUAUAAACUGGAGCUCUUCUUCGUCACAUUAAUCGAGACAGGAAGUGAAAUUUUCAUAACAUCUCAGUGUCGUUACUGUGAGUUUAUAUGUGAAGCGUUACUGUGAAGUGUUCCUGUAUUUCCUGUUUUCUGUGCUAAAUAAGCAGACCCAUGCUUUUCAUUUAAAGUCAAGUUCAUCUGGUUUUCAGGGGAGUGAAGGGUGGAUGCCUGUGCAGCCAUCUCCACCCAUAUUUGGAGUGAACUUUGAAUGUGAUGAUUUUUCUUUGAUUUUUUUCUUGAUUUUUCUUUUAAUUUUUAAAUAAAGGAAACUGAAAUCUC